CGUAAAUACCAAAUUAGCGUCAGUGCGCGAGUCUCAUCUGAUAUCCGCUGCUGUGAUUCCCUGACGCCGAGAUUUGCACUGUUGCACUUGUACCAUGGCAGCGACGAUCUCCACCUCCAUAAACAUUAAAGAGCCGCGCUGGGAUCAGGGAACAUUCGUGGGUCGAGCCAAGCAUUUCUUCACCGUCACAGACCCCAGAAACAUCCUGCUGUCCAACGAACAAUUAGAAAAAGCACAUCAGAUUAUUCAGGAUUACAAAAAAGGCGUGGUAGCAGCAGAUCUCACGGAAGAUGAAUUAUGGAGGGCGAAAUACGUUUUUGACUCCGCCUUCCAUCCAGACACAGGAGAGAAAAUGCUGCUGAUUGGUCGCAUGUCCGCUCAGGUGCCCAUGAACAUGACCAUCACUGGAUGCAUGAUGACCUUCUACAGAACGACUCCAGCGGUUCUGUUUUGGCAGUGGAUCAAUCAGUCCUUCAAUGCAAUAGUCAACUACACCAACAGGAGCGGAGACGCACCAAUCACAGUCAACCAGCUUGGGACAGCGUAUGUAUCCGCCACCACCGGCGCUGUGGCUACUGCUUUAGGACUGAAUGCAUUAGCAAAGCAUGUGUCUCCACUCAUAGGACGCUUCGUCCCAUUCGCUGCUGUCGCUGCUGCUAACUGUAUUAAUAUUCCACUCAUGAGACAACGGGAACUCAAACACGGUAUUCCAGUAACAGAUGAGAAUGACAAUCGGUUAGGAGAAUCUUCAAAGGCAGCUCAACAGGCCAUCACACAAGUGGUGGUGUCCCGAAUCCUCAUGGCCUCUCCGGGAAUGGCCAUUCCUCCAUUUUUAAUGAACUCAUUGGAAAAGAAAGCUUUCCUGAAGAGGUUUCCGUGGAUGAGUGCACCCAUUCAAGUUGGCUUGGUUGGGUUUUGCCUGGUGUUCGCAACCCCGCUGUGCUGUGCGUUAUUCCCACAAAAGAGCUCUAUGGCAGUGAGCCGCCUGGAGCCGGAGUUGCAGGAGAAGAUUCGAGCCAGUCAUCCUGGAGUAGAGACGGUUUAUUUCAACAAAGGACUGUAGAAACAAACCCCGGUGAACCUGCUUACUGCUGUAAAAGUUUCACGUACCAUCUAAAAACAUCUCUUUGUGUGCCAAAGUUCACCCGUUCCUCUCCAGGACAUCCUGAUUCAGUCAUUUUGUAAGAGUUUCUCUUUUAUUUUUGAUCUGUUUUAAUUGUUUUUAAGCUGAUUAUUGUUGCCGAUUUGUGUCUUUUGUCUGACAUGUGUAUGAUGGUGCUCUCUGCUGUGUAUGUGUACACACUCUAAAAAAUGCUGGGUUGUUGUAACUUCGAUACCUUUUAGAUAUGUCGACCAUUUCUGAUACCGUGAGGGGUAAAAUAAUUCCACAACAUUAAGAGUAUACAAUUUUAAUUUAUUUCGAAUAGUAUAAUCCACUCUUUAAAACAACUUUCAAAACACAAAUGGAUUUCAUGAUGAUCAAUAAAACAUCUUCAUAUCUGUGUAAACUCAAAAAUAACUAUUGAUUUUAAUCUGUUUGAAAUGGAGCAGGAUGAAACAUAAGAUUAUCCGCUUGUCGUGACGUAUGAAAUAUUGUUUCCGGCUCCAAGCUGCUAUUCAUUUUAAUUGAGAAAAUAUUGGUUUAUGACCACUUUUUAGUCGUAUCACACAUUAAACUGAAAUUUAUCUAAAAUCAUGCUGUACACACCAAUCUCUGGACUUUCUGCAUUACAGACACCAAUAUUUAACAAUUUAUAAAAACUCAAAUCACUUUUUGGCCAUCGGAUAUUAGGCAUGGAGAUUGUUACGGUUGCCGUAUAUUGUUAGGAUUUUUGCCUCCCGUUUUCUCUCUCUCUCCCUCCCUCUCAGCCAGUCAUAUCCUUUAGGUCCGCCUUCGCGACAGCCGAUUGGUUGGGAGACCCGUCACUCAUCAUUGGGUGACGUGGUGCGAUGACAUAAAAGGACGCCAAGGAGAGCGCUUUUCCUUUGAUCCUGUUUUUUGUGUUUUGCCGACAUGAUUUUGUUAUUCGUUGUUUUUGCUUAACUUUCGUUUGGAUAAAAUUAUUUGUUAUUAGUUCUGCCCAUUUUUUAACUACUUUGUGAUUUUUGUACAUCUUUAUUUCGAUUGUUUGUUUGUAACUUUUUGGUCCAGCUCUUACCUGGCAAAAAUCAAAAAUCAUGUCGGCAAAACACACAAAAAACAGGAUCAAAGGAAGAGCGCUCUCCCAUCCGCUCUC